CAAUUCUCAAUCUGGGCUUUUCGUUAACAUGGAGUACAGGCCUCUAGAGAUCACUCUAAUCUCCGCCAAGGACCUCAAGGAUGUCAAUCUUGUCUCCAAGAUGGACGUCUACGCCGUCGUCACCAUCAACGGCGACCCCCAAACCAAGCAGAAGACCCCCGUCGACAAGGACUGUGGUCCCAACCCCAAGUGGAAUUACCCCAUGAAAUUCACCGUGGAAGAAGCCGCCGCCAACCAGAACCGCCUUAAUCUCGUGAUUCGUCUCGUGUCAGAUCGUCGCCUUGGCGAUAAGGAUAUUGGGGAGGUGUUGGUGCCUAUCAAGGAAUUUCUUGAUUGCAAAGAGAAGGUUUUCGAUUACAACGUCAGGUUGCGGAAUGGAAAGGUGAAAGGUACACUGAAUUUGUGUUGCAAAAUCGGGGAGAAAUUCAGUGUUCCUGUUGCUGCGCCGCCGCAUGUGGCGGAGAAAGGGAAAUCCGUGGAAACGCCUGUGAUGGCAUAUCCUGCUGCCGGAUCCAGCGCGGGAUACCCACCUCCACCUCCCGCCGCGUACCCAUACAAUUACCCGCCACAGGGUGUGUACCCACCACCACCGCCGCCACCACACGGGUACGGUGGGUAUCCACCUCCUCCUGCACAGGGUUACGGUUAUACCGGGCACCCGCCUUAUGGUGGGUAUGGGAACAUGCCGGCCCAACAGCCAGCUAAGACUAAGAAACAUGGGAAAAAAGCCGGGUUCGAAAUGAAGGAAGAAGAUGGAAAUGAGAUAUUUGCAGUGGCUAUUCCCUCAACUUUGGCACGGGCUUGAGUUUAGUUCACUAUUUAUUUUUCUUUUUAGAUCAGUUUUGAUCCUUGGAUUUGGUCUUAUUCUGUUCCAGUCCCCACUUAUAACAGGCGAAUUGGCCUAGUGCAUUAGGUGGAUAGGGAGUAUGUUGAAGACUUACCUCUCUUUGUUUCUAAUCUUCGGUCCGUAGAAGAUCAAGAAAUUGCAAUAAAAACCUUUCCAAUGA